GGGCCCCUUUUCGUGGAGAAAAAAAUCCCUACCUUUCCCCUUCCUUCUCCUCUCCUACCCUUUGAUCUACGGGUAUGGGUUCGAAGGCCACCACGGCGGCGCUCCUCCUCUUGUGCCUGGCCGCGGCCGCGUCCGCCGCGCCGGACAUGUCGAUCAUCAGCUACGACGAGGCUCACGGCGUGCGGGGGCUGGAACGGAGCGAGGAGGAGAUGCGGAUCCUCUACGAGGGGUGGCUUGCGAAGCACGGUCGGGCGUACAACGCGCUCGGGGAGAAGGAGCGGAGGUUCGAGAUCUUCAAGGACAACGUCCUCUUCAUCGACGCCCACAACGCCGCCGCCGACGCCGGCCACCGCUCCUUCCGCCUCGGCCUCAACCGCUUCGCCGACAUGACCAACGAGGAGUACCGCGCCGUCUACCUCGGCACCCGCCCCGCCGGCCACCGCCGGAGGGCCCGCGUUGGGAGCGACCGCUACCGUUACAACGCCGGCGAGGACCUGCCGGAGUCCGUCGAUUGGAGGGCCAAAGGUGCCGUCGCCGCCGUCAAGGACCAGGGCAGCUGCGGGAGUUGCUGGGCGUUCUCGACCGUUGCUGCGGUGGAAGGGAUCAACAAGAUCGUGACAGGGGAUCUGAUAUCCCUUUCUGAGCAGGAGCUGGUGGACUGCGACAACGGCUACAACCAGGGCUGCAAUGGUGGCCUCAUGGACUAUGGCUUUGAGUUCAUCAUCAACAAUGGUGGUAUCGACACCGAGGAGGACUACCCCUACACGGCUCGUGAUGGCAAGUGCGACCAGUACAGGAAGAACGCCAAGGUUGUCUCCAUUGAUGGGUACGAAGAUGUUCCUGUGAAUGAUGAGAAGGCCCUGCAGAAGGCCGUCGCAAACCAGCCUGUUAGUGUAGCUAUUGAAGCUGGCGGCCGGGAGUUCCAGCUAUACCACUCGGGAAUUUUCACCGGAAGAUGUGGGACUGAUCUUGACCAUGGUGUUGUUGCCGUUGGCUAUGGCACUGAGAAUGGCAAGGACUACUGGAUUGUGAGGAACUCAUGGGGUGGUGACUGGGGAGAGUCUGGCUAUAUCAGAAUGGAGCGCAAUGUCAACACAUCCACCGGCAAGUGCGGGAUUGCCAUCGAGCCAUCUUACCCCACUAAGAAGGGCCAGAAUCCUCCCAAGCCUGCUCCUUCCCCUCCUUCUCCUGUGAGUCCCCCAACAGUUUGUGACAAUUACUACUCCUGCCCAUCCAGCACCACCUGCUGCUGUGUCUAUGAGUAUGGACGCUACUGUUUUGCCUGGGGGUGCUGCCCUCUUGAGGGUGCCACCUGCUGUGAGGAUCACUACAGCUGCUGCCCCCAUGAUUACCCAGUUUGCAAUGUGAAGGCUGGAACUUGUCAACUGAGCAAGGACAAUCCACUUGGAGUGAAGGCUCUGGCUCGCACCCCUGCUAAACCUCAUUGGGCAUUCUUGGGCGCCGGAGGCAAGAAGAUUAAUGCAUGAGAAAAUCAUUGAAUUGUUGGUGAGGAGAGAAUGAAGCAUGCUUGUAUUGAAAUACCACAUCCUUCCUCUCCUUUAUGAACGUCUUUGCUGACUUGGUUAUGAGCAACAUUGUACAUAGCUAUAAAUUUCAAAAGUCAGAUGAAUCAAAUGAUGCUCAACUUUCUUUCUUGCGUAAA